AUGUCCGCAACCGAUCCGGGCUUCAUUGCCGCUCUCGAGGAAGCUAAGAAAUCCGCUGCGGAGGGCGGCGUCCCCAUUGGAGCAUGUCUCGUCGCAGCAGAUGGGAAGAUACUAGGAAGGGGCCACAACCAACGCGUUCAGAAGGGCAGUGCCAUUCUACAUGUAUGUACAAGCUAUAGUAUAGCCUUUCGUCCAAUCAUCCUGUACACACAUGUGUACAAUACUGAUCUUGGUUCAGGGCGAGACUUCAGCCCUCGAGAAUGCAGGCCGUCUCCCUGCCUCGGCUUAUAAAGGCAGUACAAUGUACACCUCCCUCUCUCCCUGCGACAUGUGCACUGGUGCAUGUCUCCUGUACGGAGUCUCCAGACUGGUCAUGGGCGAAAACGAGACGUUUGUUGGCGGCGAUGACUACCUCAAACAGCGGGGCAUCGAAGUAGUCAAUCUCGACAACGCGGAAUGCAAGCAACUGAUGAGAGACUUCAUCAGAAGUCAUCCUGAGGAUUGGUGGGUGGUAAUGCGAGGCUGAACGGCGGUGUGGUGAUGUGGCUGACUGGCUUGAGGUAGGUAUGAAGAUAUUGGUGAGGACAAAUGA